UACUUGCACAAAGACAAAACACAGCACUCACCACUGCUGUAAGAGGAAUGGAUUAUAUUUAUUACACUAGUUUUCUUCUUAUUGCAGGAGCAGUUGGACAGAUGAGGUACUCUGUGAAAGGAUUGGACGUACACUUGAGCCCAGUGUCUGAACAGGUCCCACCGGGUUCUAACAUAACUCUUAACUGCAGUUUCCCUACAGUAAAUGCUCAAUGGAUUAAGUGGCAAUUUAUUCACUUCAAUAAUACAGACCUCAUCCAACUGCCAAGACCUGGACAUGAACAUCGUAUUGAUCAGAAAAUGGAAAAGUAUUCGUCCACUCUGACAGUGAUAAAUGCACAUGAGAAUGACACCGGAUGGUACUUAUGUGAAGUCCAUCAACACAUUCCUAAACUCCUUCAAUGGCAGAGUAAUAGGAGUACAAUUAUCGUUGGCAACAGCUCAAUUCCUCGCUACAUGAUGGGGGUAGGGGUAGGGGUAUGGAUAUGGGUUGGUGCAGGUGCAGGAACUACAGUCGUCAUUGUGCUGAUACUGUUCUGGAUUCUAUGGAGGCGAAGGAGAUACAAAGAGAGAGAGAAUCCCGUAUACGAAAACACAAACCCAAAACUGCAGCGUGUGGGUCCCAAACAGCCCUCCCCAAGGCCCUGUGUGCAGACUGACCAGAGCAAGAGAAUCCUGACCGCGAGCACGACACCGAAACCUGCACGAGCCUGUGAAAGUAAAUCAAGAACAAAGCCUUAGACAUCUCAUCUUUCUUUAAGAAAGAUGAGAUGUUCUAACCUCUUGCCACUUUUAGAGCUUUUUCAAAAUGGGCUUUUCUGAGUGUGACUUGUAUAUAAAACAGACAAACUGCAAAUGUGAAUUGCAAUAAUUUAACAACUAUAACCUUGACUAAACUAACUAACUGUCAAAAGUGUCAAAAGGGUUUCGUAAAUCAAUGCUUACCUAACAUUAUUUGUUUUGCAAUCAAAUGAAGUGGUACACAAUGAGCUUAACCAUGUAGUAUUUUCAGCAAACAACUUCUAACAGCCUGAGAUAAUUCAUAGCCUAUUUAUUUUCUGCACUUUUUAGUCACUGCACUGCAGUCACUGUCUUUGUUGAUCUAUACAGAAAAUCUUAUAUAUCAGAACAUGCACCCAACAACAACACGGAGCGGCGCACAGAAAACGGUGACCCCACGAACGCGCGUACAAACCGAGUUGAAGACAACUGCUUAUGAAAAUGUGAGAGCUACAAAACCAGCAAGGAAACACCAAAAGAAAGUCAGACCGAAGGUGUAGCGUCCCCCACGUCACAACAUUAAUUCCAUCAAUUUUGUCAAUUUAGACAAUUUCUUUCAUUCAAAAGGACAUUUUCAGUGUGCUUAAGUGCACUACACUUACUUUCCACUAGAUGGAAAACUUGGCAUUAGAAAUAAUUGUGUUGAUUAAUUAUAUUAAUUUAUUUGCUACUGUGACUUUUGUAAUAUAAGCUUGUAAUCAUCUGUUAAGUGUAACAAUUAACUGAUUAAACAAUAUGGUGCAGAGA